CUAUCCAAAUGUCUUUGUUUUUCAUUCUUUCUGCCCGGACAGCGACAGAUGGGACCCCCAGCGUGUUUAGACAGAGCCCACCUAGGAAUGAUCUCACAUCAAUCUGUCAUGAACGAAGCAGUGACGGUAGCUGCUGAAUAGCAGGAUUUGUCGAUAAAGUGUUGGUCUGCUGCAUUGACAGAGGUUAUCCAGUUCAAUUAUUAUCUUUGCGAUAUAUUGAGAUUUGUCUUGAGUGGUCCGACAUUACCCUGGACGGUUCUGCUCUCGUGUGUCUGCAAGUGUAAAAUCUCGGUGUCGGGCGAAGUUUUCAAACCGGUAGGCGGGUCAUAACCACUGAGUGCGUGACAAACGGAGUUCACCGUUAAACUGUUGCGGGGUUGCUCUGUGAAACACCGACUUCCAUCCACGGGCAAGUGGAAAAGAGAGUGAGGAGGCCGUGUCUGGGGCUGCCGGUCCCAGAGAGAGUGCUCCGCCAUGGGGAAGGAUUACUACAAGACCCUGGGCAUCCCCAAGGGCUCCAACGAGGAGGAGAUCAAGAAGGCGUACCGCCGCAUGGCCCUGAGGUUCCACCCGGACAAGAACACGGACGCCAACGCCGAGGACAAGUUCAAGGAGGUCGCUGAGGCCUACGAAGUCCUCAGCGACCCCAAGAAGAGGGUCAUCUACGACCAGCUGGGGGAGGAAGGUCUAAAGACAGGUGGUAGUGGCUCGUCCGGGGGCCCAGGGAGCUCCUCCUACCACUACACCUUCCACGGCGACCCCCACGCCACCUUCGCCUCCUUCUUCGGCGGCUCCAACCCCUUCGACAUGUUCUUCGGCUCCAACCGCAACCACAACCGCUCCAACGGCUUCUCCUUCCACGACCACAACCACCACGACCAGGAGGCGGACCAGGACAUGGAGGACGAGGACCCCUUCGCCCAGUUCGGACGCUUCGGCUUCCCGCCCGGCAUGAACGGCUUCCCCGGAGGUGGCGGUGGCGGCGGAGGGGGGGGCGGGCGGAGGAAGGGGGUGCCGUCAGAGCGCCUGGGAGGGGGCCGCAGCCGGCAGCAGGACCCCCCGGUGGUCCACGAGCUCAAGGUCUCCCUGGAGGAGAUCUUCCACGGCUGCACCAAGAGGAUGAAGAUCACCCGGCGCCGGCUGAACCCGGACGGCAGGGGCAUGAGGACCGAGGACAAGAUCCUCAACAUUGUCAUCAAGAGGGGCUGGAAGGAGGGGACAAAGAUCACCUUCCCCAAGGAGGGCGACGAGACGCCCGAGAACAUUCCGGCGGACAUUGCCUUCGUGCUGAAAGACAAGGGCCACGCCCACUUUAGGAGGGACGGCUCGAACAUCAUCUACAUCUGCAAGAUCAACCUGAAGGAGGCUCUGUGUGGCUGCACGGUCAACAUUCCGACGCUGGACAACCGUGUCAUCCCGCUGCCCUGUCACGACAUCAUCAAGCCGGGCACGGUGAAGCGUCUGCGAGGGGAGGGGCUUCCGUUUCCCAAGAGCCCGUCGCAGCGCGGCGACCUCGUGGUGGAGUUCUCCGUCCGCUUCCCCGACCGCAUCCCGCCACAGUCCCGGGAGAUCAUCAGACAACACCUGCCCCAGUCGUAGGGGGCCGUCGGACGUUAGGGGCCCCUUACUCCCACCCCACCCCCCCUCACACGCACACCACACACGCACCCCACACCCAGCCCUCCCCGACCCCUCUCCACCCCUCUCCUGGGUGGUUAGACAGCACUCUGUCGAUACCGCCACCGCCCCGUCCUCGUCAGCCAGCAACCCUCCUUCACCCCUGCCCCCCCCUGUCCUCCCAACCAACCACCCCCCUCCCCAGCCACCCCCCUGUGGGGACUGCGCACAGGAGACUGAAGUGCCGAGAGAAACUGACGUUUUUUUUGUUUCCCCCCCCUCAUCUUUUCUUUAGUUUGUGUUCUGGACUGUGUUUGUAUCCUGUGUCCAGUUCUGCUCCAGCGUGACCUUGACCUUCCCCCAACGCUCCUUUCAUCCCCCCCCCCCGUCUGCUUCGUCCUCAUUGGAUGAAGAGGGUGACUCACUCGUCUUUUUUUAUUUCCGGGUGUUUCCCCCCCGCUGUAUGUUUGAAACCGGAUUGAUCCCCGUCUCCGUCAGUGCGCCCUGUCUGACUAACCGCCAUCCGUCACGCCCCCAGGGGUCAUGUGAUCUAGGUGGUCACCGCUCAUCCACUCCUACGUCAUCUUCUAACAUGGUUUGGAGCUUCGAGAACUGUAUUCUACAAAGGUGGCCAUGCCUGGUCUGAUGAUGUGAGUUAUAUAGUAAACACACAACAUGACUCUCUUUCUGAACAGGAGAGUUAGUGCACACUUUAGUCCUAAAACUACAACUCUGUUUCACAUGGUUUCAAAAACACAAGGUGCCCUCCAUAAGUGUUGGGACAGUAAAGUCCUAAUUGCCAUUGUUGGCUGUACACUGAAGGCAUCUGAAAACACGAUUAAAAGCUGAACGUGAGGCUUCAAAAGGGGGUAUGGAAUUCUAUAAGUACCAUUCAAUCUUAGUUGGUCAAACAUACGUGUCGAAACAGCCAGAAAUGAAAGGUGACAAUCUGUUCAAAUUAUAUUUUCAUGUGCCUUUACUGUACAGCUAAAAUGGCAGUUUUGUCUUAACUGUCCCAACACUUGUGUGGGGCCCUGUCUUUGGCUCUGGAGCUGAUAACAUUUUAGACAAUCUCAGACCUGUCCGACCACUAGGUAAUCCAGGUGUCCAGGGCGUUCUAACUGAAUCCAGGUGUGUGUUAUCUAGGUGCUUUCUGUAUAAUCCACAUGAUGUGAAAUCUAGCUAAUCUGGGUGCUGUUCACUCUGAACGUGUGUCUCUUCUGUCACACUGAGAGGGACUGUUCAGUGCCUUAACCUGGAGACACACAUUCUGAACACACACACACGCUCGCACACGCACAGAGAGAGACACACACAAAGAAACACAUCCUCAGAGAGAGACAUACACACACACACAUGCACAGAGAGAGACAUACACACACACACAUGCACAGAGAGAGACAUACACACACACACAUGCACAGAAAAACACUGACCGGCUCCCACAGCAUAUUCUGUACAGAUAAAGCACAAAUAUUCCUGAGUAGAGCUCGACAGGAGAACAGAACUCUGCUGGUGUCACUGUGUUCUGAAGCCAUGUCUGGAUGCUACUGAACUGUGCUAAGCUUGUUUUGGUCCUCGGCACGCCACAACGACUCCACAGUUGCUCGUGUCUGUUCCAAGAUGAUACUUGUUAUACAGUACUUGUUUGGUGUCAUUUUUUGAGUUGAGACAGACUAUGUUUUUGAAAGGUCACUUUGUUUCAAGUGGAGGAAGAUCUUAGCGUUUCCUUAAGCUGCCUGCAGAUGGUGAUCAAAGCGAAUCCCCCGCUUCAACACGUUCUUGGACUGAUUAUGUGAAUGGUUUGUGACAUGUGAAUGGUUAACAGACAUACACACACACACACACUGAUGAUCAGCAGGUCAGAGGACUUCCGUGAGCACUUAACCCAGAGGCAGAGGCAGAGGCAGUGACAGAGGCAGAGGUAGUGACAGAGGCAGAGGUAAAGACAGAGGUAGAGGGAGAGAGGGAGUGUAGAGAGAGGUAGUCUGCGGUCAGAUACAGGUUUGGUUCCUCAAACCCAGGUGAAGCCCAGAGUCUAGGACUGAGAACACCAUCCAAUACCAUCAGGUGCAUGUACUCUAACAGUCAGCUGGUGGAUGGACUAUAACCAGGCACUGUAACCAGGUGUAUGUACUAUAACCAGGUACUGUAACCAGGUGUAUGCACUAUAACCAGGUAGAUGUACUGUUACCAGGUACUGUAACCAGUUAUAUGUACUGUAACCAGGUGUGUGUACUGUAACCAGGUCUAUGUACUGUAACCAGGUGUGUGUACUGUAACCAGGUACUGUAACCAGGUCUAUGUACUGCAACCAGGUGUGUGUACUGUAACCAAGCAGAUGUACCGAAAAGCCCUGUUCUGUGACAACAUCCAAUAAGGGGUUUACAAAACAUUUUUUAUUCUAGCAUGUGUGCGUGUGCGUGCAUGUGGGUGUGUAGGUGCACUUGCCGGGUGUCUGUGUGCAUGUGUGUGCGUGUGUUUCUGCGUGUGUGUGCGUGUGGUAGCCAGAUAAGUGUCUAGAAGCCCGUUUUGUCCGAAUGUUUGUACUAUAAUGCUACUGAAAGACUCACAGAGACGUACUGCUUCUGUACUUUUGACAACAUUUCUGAUUGAAACCAUUUUACAAUGACAAAUAAACCAAAUAUCUGAUG